UUUCAAAAAUUCUUGAGUUAACUUAUUGUUGAGAUACAUAUAUAUAUAUAUAUAUAUAUCACCACCCCACAUGGACAAAACUCUGAAAAUCCACAUACAUAAUCUCAGUGUGUUCUUAAUUACCUCAGCCUAGAAGUUCAGUUCCGAGUUUGUCAGAAUAUAAAGAACCAGAGCAUAGAAGCUCAGGGAGAAGCAAAAUACAAGGAGGGUUUGUUUUCUUCUUUUUUUCUUUUACUUGGGAAAUGCUGUGACAGUGAGCUGUUUUAACCUGGAAUUUGCAAUUCUGGGCUGGAUGGAUUUGGGAUUUGCGAAUUUUGAGAAGAAUUUUCGUUGUUUGGAUCCCUGGAGGAGACGACGCCAAUGUACAGAAAAACGGACGGCCGGAAGAAGAUGCACAAAUGCCCUGAAAAUGGGCGCCGGUUGCUGCAGUGUGUCGCCGAUUGUUGCAGCUCUGGUUUUCUUCCUGUUUUUCGUCUCCUCCGUUUGUCCAGCCCGAUCAGUGAAUUUCAACGACAGCAGUCAGAGUUUCCGGCCCGGACACGAGUCCAAGAAGUUGAAGUUUGUCAGAGCGCAUCUCAGGAAACUCAAUAAGCCCGCUGUUAAGUCAAUUCAGAGCCCCGAUGGUGAUAUCAUAGAUUGCGUAUUAUCCCAUAAUCAGCCAGCUUUUGAUCAUCCCCAAUUAAAAGGACAAAAGCCGCUGGAUCCACCCGACAGGCCAACAGGGCACCUGUCAAGAACCGCCAUGUUUGAAGAGAAUUUCCAGGUUUGGAGCAUGUCUAAUGAAUUCUGCCCGGAAGGCACUGUCCCAAUCAGAAGAACGAAAGAGGACGACGUUCUCAGAGCAAGCUCUAUCAGGCGAUUCGGGAAAAAAAUCAGGCCUGUAAGAAGGGAUUCCUCCAGCAACGGUCAUGAGCAUGCGGUUGGGUAUGUGAGUGGAGAUGAGUACUAUGGAGCAAAAGCAAGCAUAAAUGUGUGGGCUCCUGUAGUUGCAAACCAAUAUGAGUUCAGCUUAUCACAGAUGUGGGUUAUAGCAGGUUCAUUUGGCGAUGAUCUCAACACCAUUGAAGCUGGUUGGCAGGUUAGUCCGGAGCUCUACGGGGACAAUUAUCCUAGGUUCUUCACAUACUGGACUAGUGAUGCAUACCAAGCAACCGGCUGUUACAAUUUGCUGUGCUCCGGGUUUGUUCAGACCAACAAUAAAAUAGCAAUUGGGGCCGCAAUUUCGCCAACUUCGUCCUACAAUAGUGGCCAAUUUGACAUUAGCUUAUUAGUUUGGAAGGAUCCGAAGCAUGGGAACUGGUGGCUAGAGUUCGGAGACGGGAUUUUGGUUGGUUAUUGGCCGUCUUUUUUGUUUACGCAUCUCAGGGAUCAUGCAAGUAUGGUCCAAUUUGGGGGUGAAAUUGUUAAUAGCGAGAGUUCAGGGUCUCACACGUCGACCCAAAUGGGAAGUGGGCAUUUUGCAGAAGAAGGGUUCGGAAAAGCAUCUUAUUUCCGAAACCUACAAGUUGUUGAUUGGGAUAAUAACUUAGUCCCUUUAUCAAAUCUUCGCGUUCUUGCGGACCAUCCAAACUGUUAUGAUAUACAAGGAGGUGUUAAUAGAGUUUGGGGCAAUUAUUUUUACUAUGGAGGACCUGGGAAAAACCCAAAGUGUCCUUGAAGAAAAUAGUAUAUGGGUGUUUUCUUUUUAAAUUUUGGGGGUGUUAAGGUCAUUUCCUCUUGAGAUGGUCAUUCAACUUGAGUUAUUCUUUCUAUUUUUCGUACGGUCUAACAGGUGAUCUAUUAAUCAUACAGCUUUUAGGGGCGUUGUAAAUCUUGGUAAAUGGAAAUAUAGUAAAUAUAUUAUGUUUUUUGGUUGUG